AUGGCUAAUGUAGUCCCAAUAUUUAAAAAAGGCGAACCCCAAUUAAAAGUUAACUACAGACCAAUAUCGCUUUUACCAUGUUUGUCAAAAAUAUGUGAAAGAAUCGUUUUUAUCAGACUUUAUAAUUUAUUGUUAGAAAUAGGCUUUUUAUAUAAGUUUCAAUCGGGAUUUAGACCAGGUGAUUCGACAGUAAAUCAAUUACUGUAUUUUGUUCAUCAGAUUUAUUGCGCGUUUGAAGCUGGCAAAGAAGUAAGAGUUGUUUUUUUGGACAUAAGUAAGGCGUUUGACAGAGUAUGGCAUGCUGGAUUGUUAAAAAAACUUGAAGCAAUCGGAAUUCGCAAUCCUCUUUUACAAUGGUUUGAAAGUUACUUAGAGAAUCGAAUUCAACGUGUAGUUAUUGAAGGGCAGUCAUCUGAAUGGGAAAAGGUCGGUUCUGGUGUACCACAAGG